CUCGCAUCCUUUAUUCUUUGGGCUGAUUCAAUAUUAUUCCACAUAAACAAAUUUCCUAGCAAUCAUAAGAUUAUUGUCGUUCUUAAAAUUGUAGUGGUUUAGUACUUAGUUGGUAUUUCGUGCGCAAAGAUUAGUGAAGAAAGACUGAUUCAGAUAAAGACAAGUGUAUUAGUGGUUUGUACAGUGUAAUGUGCUAAGUUGUCGGAGUUGUGUGCGGUGUGUGGUGGCGGUGAGGUAGCAACGCAUGCAGGGGCGCGCGGACGCAACCGCGGGCGGGCUCCGCACACACCCGCGCGCCCUGCCGCCCGUGCUGCCGCCUCCGCCGCAGUUCGCCUCUGAACAGGACGAGAUGCCGCCCAAUCAGAUCGCUCAGGUGAUCGCGCUGAUAUGCGGGCUGUUGGUGGUGGUGUUGAUGGUGCUAGGAUUGGCGUCGGCUGAUUGGCUGAUGGCGGCGGGCUGGCGACAGGGGCUGUUUAUGCACUGCAUAGACCCUGACGCGCCUACCCCUCUCCCCUUCGACAUCACCGCGCAGCCCGGUUGCUACGCCGCGAGACCCGCGUCUUACAUUAAGGCCGCGGCGGGUCUGUGUGUGGCGACGCUGGCGGCGGACGUGUGCGGCGCGCUGCUGACGGGGCUGGGGCUGCGCUCCGCCGACCACCGCACUAAGUUCCGCUACUACCGGUUCGCCGUCCUCGCCAUGGCGCUUGCACUGAUGUGCAUUUUAAUAGCGCUGGUCAUCUACCCGGUCUGUUUUGCCGCUGAAUUAAAUUUAGGCAACAGAUCAGUGUGGGAGUUCGGGUGGGCAUACGGCGUGGGAUGGGGCGCCGCCAUCUUCCUUUUCGGCGCCGUGGUGCUGCUGCUCUGCGACAAGGAGAGCGAGGAGCUCUACUACAAGGAGCGGAAAGUGGUGUCGGGGUCGAGCGGGCAGCGCCCCUAGGGCCGCGGGCGCCUGCCCGACCUCGUGCCGUGAGGCCACUGAGCGCCCCGGCCCGCAUUCACACGCGACACUCUUCUACGUCUGACCUCACACGCACAAUGCGACAGCUUUUACUUUAUUAUCGCUCUUCUCGUUUACACUCUUUUGUUUUGAUUUCAGCCGGUUACAUUUUUUAAAAUUCCAAUCGAUCGAAUCAAAAUUCGAGUAUCGAUAGAGAAUACUUUUUGAUUAUUCGACGCGUGCUCAUAUAAAAAACCUUCGAUUUUGCUCUUAACUUUUAAUUUCUAACGUACAAAUUUUCAAACUUCACGACGUCGUGAAGUAUUUUUCGGCACAAACAUUUUAUAACAUGACUGAUCUCCGUGUUCGCGACGAGACGUUGAUAUUGGAUGCGGAAUAAAAUCGAUUAAAAAUUAUUGAAAUAGGUUCGUUAUUUCAUGGAAAGCAACGUCUCAGUCAGAGCCAUAUUGUUAAUGAUUUAAAUUAGGUUUUAAGUUAAUUUAGGCUAUUUAAUUUAGUAUGUACUAUAUAAUUUAGGCAUCGAUCCUAUAGGCGCGAGUCGCUAUCGUAGCGGGCGGAACACAUUCAAUUUUUAAUCUGUACUACAGAUUCGAAUAUAGAACGGAAUCGUAUAUAUAUUUUCGUACCUCGAAUGUAACCGUUCCAAAGAGCGUCGUUUUAAUUUAUUCGCUUUAUUUAUUGAGUUACUAGUAGUAUCGUGUCGUGGAGUGUGACGUAGCUGGGUCCGCGCGGCGGUGGGGGAGGGAGGGCGGCCGGUCGGGCAGGCGACAGGACUCCAGCAGGUGUACAGAGUACAUAGUGUAGUGCAGUGCGCGUGCGCGAGGCUGACAUUCCGCGGCGGCACGACCGUCAGGCUAUGACUAUUGAGAUAUUUAAAGGAAUUAAAUGUAUGUUUCAAAGUUACCUUUUAGUGCGGUAUACUCGCUAUUGUGUAAAAUCUAUUUUAUUAAUGUUUAUACAUAGUAUUCCUCUGUAUACCGUGCUUGAAUAUGGAAAUUAUUUUUCACCUUUGCAGUGAUAUUUUAGAAUCUCAUUCCAUUUAUUAAUUUACGAAAAUGACUGUAAUAUGAUUGUAACUUUUUUGGAAUUGAAAAUUAUUUAAAAAUAAACUUGAUAUUUUCUUAAUAUUUAUCUUUGAAGUGAAACAAUGUAUUAUUAUCGUAUAAACAAGUGUUGAUCAACAGUAAUGUUUAAUAUAAGUGUAAUCUUAAUGUUAUAAAUUAUGAAAGUAAUUGUUUAAGAUCAUUAUUAGAACAUUAUAUUUUCAGUUUAUAACACCACAUACAUUAAUUAAUCAAAUAAAAUAAUUGUAGCAUUGUGUCCAUUCUUUUAUCAGUUGGUUAUGGCUUUAAUUUCUAAAUUAUGGUUUAUCGUUGUGAUAACUAUAAACAUUGGAAAGUAUAUUAAAUACAUAUACUUUAUUAUAUUAUAUUUAGAGUAUUUAGUAUACAUACAUAUAUUGUAUUUUUUUUAUAAACUAAAAAUAUAAAAUGUUGGGUUCAAAGUAUGGAGCUUAACGCCUGUUCACGUACACGCCUGUUGGAAUUUGUCAAUUGAGCGUUUUGAUAUCGUGUAAGUAUUUAGGGCUACAUCGUGUGACUUUAUUUACUGUUAAGUGCAUGAACUAGUAGAUAUUAAUUUAUUCCAGGUGAAUAAAUUUACUAUAAUAAGUCUGUAUAAAGGUCUGCACAUAUCGGACGCGUUAAAGUCUCUUGUACUGUUUCUUAUAGUAUAUGUGUAAGAAAUUCGGCAGCUACUCUGCAUACCACGUCCGAUAUGUAUUAGAGAGGAAUAACACCAUUUGUAUUCGAAGGUAAAUAUUGGCUGCAUAUUAAAUAAGGGCCGCCAA